GCACACGUCAUUACGCAUUCAUGCACGAGUCACUUCAUUACACGCUGGACAACAAGGCCCCGUUUUGGGCCAAAACAAACAAAAACACAUCUGAAACCAGAAGAAAUGCUGGUUGCUCUGUAACGAGGUGAGGCUGGCGCGCGGCUCGGCCGAGAGUCUCCUGUAAAGUGAAGUGAGCAGCAGCAGAUUAUGGCACAUUAUCGCCAGAGCUAACACUCCGACACAGGCCAAGCCUCCAGCACCCUGGGUCAUCUCUUCACUCGGGACAUCUCCUGCCAUUCCUGCUGUCUUCACUGACAGUGGCUGGAACCUGAAGGCCUGGAGAUCCACAAAACAGCAGAAUGAUGCUGUCAGGGCUGAGUGAGUGGUUCUGGCAGGAGCGGCUGUGGUUUCCGGAGGGCCUGGGCUGGGCUGACCUGGAGGACCGCGAUGGACGAGUCUACGCCAAGGCCCACGACCUGUGGGUGGCGCUUCCCAUCGCCCUCAUGUUCCUCAUUAUCCGUCAGAUCUUUGAAAGGACGGUGGCGACGCCCUUGGCCUCUCUACUCGGGGUGAAAGAGACCGUGCGGCUCAAAGCCCCCCACAACUCAACACUGGAGUCCUACUACUGUAACAUUACCAAAAACCCCACACAGUCUUCAGUAGCGAGCCUUUGCAAGCAGACGGGCUAUUCGGAAAGACAAGUCCAGCGAUGGUUCAGAAGGCGAAGGAACCAGGACAGACCGAGCCUGCUGAAAAAGUUCCGAGAGGCCAGUUGGAGAUUUACCUUUUACCUUCUUGCUUUCAUUGCUGGCCUGGCCGCCCUCAUCGAUAAACCUUGGCUGUACGACGUGAAGGAGAUGUGGGAAGGCUUUCCUGUGCUGACCCUGCUGCCAUCUCAGUAUUGGUACUACAUGAUUGAGCUCGGUUUCUACGGCUCUCUGCUUUUCAGUGUGGCUUCCGAUGUCAAACGCAAAGACUUUAAGGAGCAGAUCGUCCACCAUGUUGCGACCAUCCUCCUCAUCAGCUUCUCCUGGUGCGUCAACUACAUUCGAGCUGGAACUCUCAUCAUGCUGGUGCACGACUCCUCUGAUUACUUCCUCGAGUCUGCAAAGAUGUUCAACUACGCUGGGUGGCGAAAUGCUUGCAACUACAUUUUCAUCGUAUUUGCUGCAGUCUUCAUCAUCACUCGCCUGGUUUACUUCCCUUUCUGGAUCGUUUACUGUACGUGGGUUUACCCCGUCACCAUCUAUGAGCCCUUCUUCGGCUACUACUUUUUUAACGGACUGUUGAUGGUUCUUCAGUGUCUACAUAUCUUCUGGGCUGUACUCAUCAUCCGCAUCGCAGUCCGCUUCCUCACCCAUAAUGAAAAAGUGGAUGAUGAAAGGAGCGACAAAGAUGAAACAGACGAAUCGGAAGAGGAGGAGGAGGAGGAAGAGCAGGCAGAGGACAAAAAACACACCAAGAAAAAUGGGCCCAUGCUGAACGGCCACUCGGUCCACAACAACAACCACAGCAAGACGGAGUGAAAACAAACAAGUGUGCGAGACGGACUCAUAUCCCUCAGCGGGGGAGGAAGAGGAGGGAGAGGGAUGAAAAGAGAGAGAGAGAAAUGAAGGGAGGGAGCACGUGAUCCCCCUCCGAACCGAGAACAGCAGACAUCCGAGGAAAUUAAACACUGUUACUUCACACAAAAUCACACGUAUUCGUUCGUACUUGUAGAGGACACGGCAGAGAUCCAGCAGAUGAUAAACACUACAAUAAGUGGCACAGCUUCUUCGCUUUGUCAUCGGAAAAAUAAAUCGUUGCCUUUGUUUGAUGUUAGUCCCUAAAAAAAAAAAAAAAAAAAAAAAAAAAUCUUCAAGGAGACAGGGGAGAAAA